CCUCGCGUUUCAUAUGACGGCGAUUAUGCGGGAGCGGUGCGCCUCUGGAGGUUCAACUUGAGGUCCAUCGACCGCCCGCCUCCCACUUCCAUCUCUCGGCUCACCGCAUCCGCCGCCGCCUCUUGCCUCACGUCCCCUCCCUUUUCUCGUGACCAAGUUCGACGUGGUCGACAAAGACCGUGUGAGGCGGUGGUUCCUCUUCUUCUUCUUCCUGUUUUUUUCCUCGAUGCGUCCACCUUUCUCUGUUUUUCUUGAUCUUUCUCGGUUUGUGUUCCAUUUCCCCUCGAGCUUCCGGGGGAAAGAUUUGAUUUUGGAUCGGAAAGAUCGAGCGAGGAAGCCGACGUCUUUGGGGUUGCCAUCAUCGUUCAUUUUUGGUGAAGAAGGUUGUGCUUGCUUUAUGGUUGCAACUUUCCCCUCAUUUUUUUGGCAUUUGAUGGCGGGGCGGAGGAACGAGAGAAAAUUUUCAUACUGGAGAUCGAUCUAUUAAAAAAAAAGCUCUCAAUUAUUGAUUUUUAGGGCAAAAUUUUCCUUUUCCCCCCUUCGACACGAGCAAGAACAGACGAGUCGAUUCUUUUUUUAUAUUCGAAUUCCACUGUGCUUGUUGUGUUUGAUCCGGUGCGUUUUGGAAGGAUCAACCAUUUAUUUUAUCCAUUAGUUUGUUUUGUUUUGUUUUUAUUUUCAUUCCCCUGCUCGAUACGCUUUAACAUUGAAAGAAGUUGGCAUUUUUUUUGUACGCCAUUCAAAUCAGUGGGAAAUCCCUUUUUUUUGGAGGGUUUCUUGGAGUUGUGGGGAUUGUGGCGGAGGAUGCCCUUCGAUUGCUCUUCAUCCUGAACCCGUCGCUUGCUAAUUCGUUGCCGGAGAUGGAAUUGAGUGCCGCAGCCGCCAGUGAUUCCUCUCGCGUUAAGCUGCUCUGUAGCUUCGGCGGUACAAUCCUGCCUCGUCCACUGGACGGGCGGCUCCGGUACGUUGGCGGCGAGACUCGAAUCGUGACCUUCCCCCGCCGCUUCUCCUACAAGAUCCUCUUGACUCGGGCGCGAGAGCUCUUCGAUGGGACAUCCAUCAUCAAGUACCAGCAGCCCGACGAGGAGAUGGACGCCUUGGUGUCCGUCGUGAACGAUGAAGACGUGGUGAACAUGAUGGAGGAGUACGACAGGCUCAGCGCUGUCGGUAAUGGGGUCGCGUGGCUGAGGAUAUUCCUCUUCCCGCCAGCUCUAGAUCAUGAUCUGCCUUUUGCCGCUGCAAAUUUCAAUGCCGAUGAACGGGAAAAUGACCGGAGAUACUUUGAUGCCCUUAACUGUCUUGCAGAUGCGUCCGUUUCCCCUCCUAAUAUUUCCGAGAAUUACUUGGGGGCAAACUUCAAUCUGCAGAAUUUGCAUCGACUGACUAUCCCUCACCAUUCUCAUUCACAAAUGUAUGAUGAAGUGGAUGCUUCCUGUAGAUCUGCUUUCUUCUCUCCUGGCCGGCAUGCAGCCAAUGACGCAAUUGAAUUUCCAUCGUCGCCAUCAUCUGCAAUAUAUCAACCUGAGGCUGGAGAAUUUGGUGUUAAGUUUAUGGAUGACUAUGUUAGACAGACACCAGGAUACAUUUGUCAGUCUCCGCCAUCGGUGGAGAAUUUGGCGUGGAUUCCUACAGGAACUGCAGUUCAGGAAAUUUCUGGUUUUCCUACUAAUUUGGAACAUUUUAACACUAUGACAGAGGGAAACAACAUCUGUGAUCAUCGUCUAAUGGCGUUUCAUAGGAGUCACAGUACUGUCUCUGGCACUUACUUGAAACAUGGGCUGCCACAAUUGGAUCAUCCAAACAUGACGGACGAAUGUGUGGGGAUUUUUCAAAACUCAAGUGCUGAGUGUUUCAGUGGCAGGAAUCUGUCCAUGGUAAACCAAGAUAUGAAGAUACAGCAUGGUACCUAUGCCAACAUGCAAAAAGAACAGCAUAAUCCUUUAGGUGCCGGGCAUGAAUGGGAUUGGGCCGCACAUAAUCAUCAGUCUCCUUAUUAUGAUAUGCGGAUGCAUCAUGAUCAAACUGUUAGAGUGAAUGAGCACUACAUUGUUGAUGGAACAGUGGUGAAUUGCCAAUUUGUACGUGGUAAUACUAAUGGUGGACAUUUAUUACAUUCUAAUUGCAUUCGACAUGAUGAUACACAAUACCUUCAACACGGUGCCAAAUUUGGGAAUGACAUAUUUCUUCCUCAACAAACAGUUGGAGGUUGUAAUGGUGCACAAGCAAUGAGGUUUGAAGCUGCUGAAGCUCAAUAUCCCAAUCAAUGUUCUCCACAUGGUGCAGAGAGUGUGUAUCAAUCCCCAAAUAUUUUUCAUCCUAAUCAAUACCCGUGGAGAAGCAGACAGGCUACUACUCAUCCUGGAACAUUUUAUGAACCCUCCACCUUCAUGAUGAGAAAUGGUGGAACUGACACAAAUUUUCUGACAUCCAUGCAUGAGGUAAGUAAUACGUUGCAAUAUGUUCCAGUGGAGGACCAAAUUCCAAAUGCCCUGUUAAACCAGAACAGUUGUAUGCAGCAGAGGGUUCUUGACUUUCAAGAGCAUGCCCCCUCAGAUUUUCAAUAUCUCCAUGGUAUUCAACAGAAUCCAGAUAUCCCUUGUCAACCACGUUCAAGUUAUGUUCCUUGCUCUCCUGGUCAGGUACAUGUCAAGAUUUCUUCUGAAACAGUUGCUGCUAUGUCUGUUUCUCAUGCUACUGAGGUCCAAAUGGUUUCAGACCCAACUUUUGCAGUUAAUUCUGCAUUGGCAAAUAUGAUUGCAGAUAUGCAGCAAAGAAAGCAUGGUUUGUUGGACAAACCUAAUAAACCUAUUAUUCUUAGUCCUGAAAUUAGUGCAAGUCUUUCUCCUAUAGUUAGUAUAAGCAUGGAAUCUGCUACAGAUGGCCUACAGCUUUCUGAGGCCGAGGGAAACACACCUGUUAAUAUUGACAAAAAUGAUGUUCAUGGACAUGAGGUUGUGUCCGUAGAUAACUCUACUUUCUUACCUGAGUCAAUUGCUUUUGAGAAGAAAGCAGUACUGAAAGAUACUGAUGGUAUAUCCAAGGCUCGCUUAAGUUCUGGAGUAGAUGUGUCUCCUACUCCUGGCAAGAAAGAGACAUCACAUAAAUGUGGACCCGAGUAUGCCCAUGCUGAUGUUCAGGUUGGCUCUGCUGAAAAGGAUCAAAAGGAGAAAUUUGGCAAAACUGAGCUCAUGAUAACUGAAGCAGAAGGGCCUACUAUGCAAUUCGAGAACAGUGCUGAAAUUCAGGCUGAUGCUGAAGGAAAUAGUGAACAUGAGAAACUUGCAAAAAUAGAACCCACAACAGCUGAAGCUGAAGCUUUGGCUAAAGGGUUACAGACAAUAAGAAAUGAUGACCUGGAAGACAUUAGGGAGUUGGGUUCAGGCACAUUUGGUUCUGUCUAUCAUGGAAAAUGGAGAGGUUCGGAUGUUGCUAUAAAGAGAAUAAAAGCUAGCUGCUUCUCAGGGAGGCCAGCUGAGAGAGAGCGUCUGAUUGCAGAUUUCUGGAAAGAGGCUCUAAUGUUGAGUUGUUUGCAUCAUCCAAAUGUUGUUUCCUUCUAUGGUGUUGUACGCGACGGUCCUGAGUGUAGUUUAGCUACUGUAACAGAAUUUAUGAUCAACGGGUCACUUAAAAAAUUUCUACAAAAGAAAGACAGAACAAUUGAUCGUCGGAAAAGACUAAUUAUAGCCAUGGAUGUUGCAUUUGGAAUGGUGUAUUUGCACGCAAAGGACAUAGUUCAUUUUGAUCUCAAGUGCGAAAACUUGCUGGUUAACAUGCGAGAUCCACAUCGCCCUAUUUGUAAGAUUGGGGAUCUUGGUUUAUCAAAAGUGAAGCAGCAUACUUUGGUAUCUGGUGGCCUUCGGGGAACUUUGCCAUGGAUGGCACCAGAGCUUCUAAGUGGAAAAAGCAACAAGGUUUCCGAGAAGAUCGAUGUUUAUUCAUUUGGCAUCGUAAUGUGGGAGCUGCUUACCGGGGAAGAUCCUUAUGCCGAUAUGCAGUGUGCUUCCAUCAUCGGGGGCAUUGUGAACAACACUAUAAGACCUAAAAUUCCUACUUGGUGUGACCCAGAAUGGAAGUCCUUGAUGGAGAGUUGUUGGUCAUUGGAUCCAACAUCGAGGCCAUCGUUCUCGGAGAUAUCUCACAAGUUGCAAAAGAUGGCUGCGGCGAUCAACAUAAAAUGAGGUUUAAAUGCAACCAAGCUUCCUUCUUCUUAAUUGGCGAGUAGAAUUUUUUUGUGAAGAAUACGAUGGUAACAAUCAUCCAGUACAAGGGUUAUAUAGUGUCUUCUUGUGGGAGUUUUUAUUUUCCUGCACAAUUAAUUUGUAUAUAUGUAUCGUUUGACGUUCAGAUGAAGGCUGCUUUCCAUUUUGCA